AUGGCGAUAGAAACUACCUAUGCCCUGCAGCUGAUCGCUGUCUGCUCGUUUCUAACGUGGCUACUGGCGUUUCGUCUGAGUCGGGAAAUUUUCGGGCGAUUCUCUGUAACGUACCGGUCUUUUCCCCGGGAAAAACAGGUGUCCGUGGACGAUAAUUUUAAGGUGAUUUGUCACGCUGUACCCGCCUCCAUCCUGUCCUGGUACAACUACACGUGCACAGAGCUGCCGCCAGGGGGCGUCUGGUUUGAAUCCUCUGGGGUCAGAUUGGUGGCAUCUAUUUACAUGGGAUAUGCAUGCACAGACCUUCUGCUGAUGGCUCUUCACACACAGCUGGCAAUCAAGAUAUACGUCGCCCACCACUGUAUGUCUCUGUACUGCGCAUAUAUUGGAAUGAGUUACCCCUGUAUGGCAUUCUACGGCAACACAACUGUUAUGAUGGAGCUGUCCAACCCAAGUGUCUUUCUUAGAUAUCUCCUUCUGGAUUUUGGCUACAAGAACACUAAGUACUACACAGUAAAUGGUGUCGUCAUGUUGGUGACCUUCUUCAUUGCCCGUGUCGCAGUGACCGCCAUCGCGACCUUCCACCUGGUCCAGCUGAUGGCAACAAGCGAGGAAUUUUACGAACUGCCCCUUGAAGUGUCUCUCUGUUACGUCUCUGGCUGUCUACUGUUCAACAGUCUGAAUUACUACUGGUUUGCACUGAUUUGUAAAGGCUUUGUGAAACACAUAGUAUCUGUCAAGAAAGACUAA